AUGGCGCUGGAGCGGGCGCUGCUGGCGGCGCGACAGGGGGACGUGGAGGCUCUGCGGGGGCUGCGGGCUGCCGGACUGCUGAGGCCGGGGCUGCGGGACGCCCUCGGCGCCUCUCCCGCUCACCACGCUGCCCGCGCCGGCCGCCUUGCCUGCCUCCGGUACCUGGCGGCCGAGGCCGCCCUCCGCGGGGACACGCGGGCGCGCAAUGGGGCCACGCCGGCUCACGACGCCGCCGCCACCGGCAACCUCGCUUGUCUCCAGUGGCUGCUCACGCAGGGGGGCUGCGGCGUGCAGGACACAGACAACUCUGGUGCCACCAUCCUACACCUGGCAGCCCGCUUCGGUCACCACGAGGUGAUCGACUGGCUCCUCCGCUUUGGGGGCAGCGACCCCACAGCAGCCACCGACACGGGAGCACUGCCCGUCCACUAUGCUGCGGCCAAAGGGGAUUUCCCUUCCCUGCGACUCCUCCUGGGACACUGCCCAAGCACACUGAGUGCCCAGACCAAGACAGGGGCCACCCCACUGUACCUCGCCUGCCAGGAGGGCCACCUGGAGAUCAUCCAAUACCUGGUGCAGGACUGCGGGGCCGAUCCUCAUGCUCGUGCCCACGACGGCAUGACACCUCUGCACGCUGCUGCCCAGAUGGGCCACAACACUGUCAUCGUCUGGCUGAUGAGCUUCACAACUGUGAGCCUGUCGGAGCGGGAUGCCGAGGGGGCCACAGCCAUGCACUUCGCUGCCAGCCGCGGCCACGCCAAGGUGCUGAGCUGGCUGCUGCUGCACGGCGGGGAGAUCACUGCUGAUGGCUGGGGCGGCACGCCGCUGCACGACGCUGCUGAGAACGGAGAGCUGGAGUGCUGCCAGAUCCUGGUAGUAAAUGGCGCCGACCUCAGUGUUCGCGACCAGGAUGGCUACACAGCAGCCGACCUCGCUGACUACAACGGCCACGUCCACUGCGCCCAGUACCUGCGCACAGUGGAGAACAUGAGUGUGGAGCACCGCGUGCUGUCGCGAGACCCCUCCGCGGAUGGGGAGUGCCGGCAGCCCGACUCGGGCAUGUCAUCACCCAACACCACAUCAUCGGUGCCCCUGGCACGCUUUGAGGUGGGCUCCCCUGCCAGCACCCUCUCCAACUAUGACUCCUGCCACUCCAGCCAAUCCAGCACCGGGGAGAAGAGGGGCGGCCCUCCAGGGGCCCCCGCUACCCGUGAGUGUGGGGCUGGGGGACACGAGGCGGGAGACAUGCAGGCCUACAUGGACAUGCUGGACCCUGAGACGCGGCCACGGGGCCGGGGACCAGCGGGCGAGGGCCUCCCUCCACCGCCACCCCCUGCUUUCCCCCCACCACCACCCCCACCUCCCACCAGCCGGCCACCCCCACCGCCCCCUGGCUACCCUGCACCCGCGCCCCCCACCACCCCCCACACUGCUGACAUCUACGUGCGGGCCAAGAACAACCUGCGGCACGUGGAGAGCCAGGCGCUGCGCCGAGAGGUAUGGCCCCACAUCAGCCAUGAUGGCCUGCGCCGGGCCGACUCCACCCGGCGCUCCAGGACCUUUGGCAAGCAGCCGAGCACCGGUGACUACUACAAGCACCUGGGGCACGGAGCAGGCGAGCAGCCUGGCCCCCGGCGGAUGGCCCACAGCGAGGAGGCAUCACCCAUCUCGGCGGACACCAUGCGCAAUGGGGAGAGCCAGCCUGGUGCCGAGUUGCCGCCCCCACCACCACCUCCACCACUGCCUGAAUCUACCUGCCCACCGCCCCCACCGCCCCCACCACCGGCCGAGACCCCCGCUGGACCCCGCCGCUCCUCCUCCUCCACGGGAAGAGGAAAGGCGCUCAGGCAGAUGAAGAGCACCAAGUCCUUCAACAUGAUGUCCCCCACCGGUGACAACUCAGAGCUUCUGGCCGAGAUCAAGGCUGGGAAGAGCCUCAAGCCGACACCACAGAGCAAAGGCUUCACCACCAUCUUCUCCGGCAGCGGCCAGGCAGGGGCCAAUGCGGAGUCGCCGGUGUCCUCCCCGUCACCCACCAGGACACCCACCCCGCCGGCCACCCCCGAGGCUGCCGGGCCGCCACGCUGCCUAACCGGGGGCUCGCCAGAGCCGGUGCUGAAUGGGAGCUCACCGGUGCCGGGUGCCGGGGCGGCGGUGGAGGCGGAGGCGCUUGUGCCGAGCCACGACGAGCAGGGCCGGCCCAUCCCCGAGUGGAAGCGGCAGGUGAUGGUGCGCAAGCUGCAGCUCCGCAUGCAGGAGGAAGAGGAGCAACGGCGCAAGGAGAAGGAGGAGGAGGCACGCCUGGCCAGCAUGCCAGCCUGGAGGAGGGACAUCCUGCGCAAGAAGCUGGAGGAGGAGAGGGAGCAGAAACGGAAAGAGCAGGAGAAGCUGAAGCGGGAGGAGGAGGAGAAGGAGAAGGCACAGUCAGAAAAGCUAAGGACUCUUGGGUACGAUGAGACAAAGCUGGCCCCCUGGCAGCGGCAGAUCAUCCUCAAGAAGGGGGACAUAGCCAAGCACUAACCACACCACACCACGCCCUGGCUCUUCGUGGCGGGAGGAGGCUGGCAGGUCCCACCACGGACCAGGAUGGAGCUCGGCACCCUCCUCCCUCCGCAGACAGCCACAUAGCCCGACCUGGAGGAGCCCCCACUGCCACCCCACAGGCACCCGUAGCCCCCAUCCCACUGCCACCAACCUGCCGCUAUCCUGUGCUGCCCUUGGCAAAGCAAGCUGCCAUGGCAUGGGGCAUCCCGGCUCCUCAUGCACCGCCGGGCUUGCCAUGCCACCCGGCUCCCUGUGCUCCCUGCUGGCACCACUUGCUGUGGUGGCUGUGGCGUGCUAGCCCCACUCCUGCCCCUGGAGAUGCUGGAGGCCAGCUCCUGGCUCACCUCCUGCCCAUACCACCCAUCUGUCCAGCAAUUAAA